CGUACGGUCAACUCCGUGCAAUUGGUACAGUAUCAGAAAAAAAAAAAAUUAUAGUAUAAAACAAAAGCGAUUCACUUGACAGUGACACGAAAUGACUUAAUUCUCUUGAAAUGCAAAAUGUAAAUAAGUUGGAGCCGCUAAGGUGACAAGUUGAUUAUUUUUUAAAUAUGACGCAGCCAUGAAUUAAUACACUGAGUUCACCAUGUGGCUGAAGCCACAUAGCCAGAAGAAGCUUAACUCAUGGCCUCAACAUAUUAAUUUGUGGCCAAGCUUUAUUAAACAACAAUUAACAUGUCACCUUAGGGGCUCGGUGACCAAGACUGAAGAACUGAAGGACUUUUACUUUCUUUCUCUGUCCAGUUCUUCCUAUAAUAACAUUUCACCUGAAGAGGAGCUUCCCUCCAGCGGUGUUGUGUCACGUUACAUAUCUGUCCUCCAAAACUGUGCAGAUGUUCUGGGAGAAAAAUGAAAAACAUGUUGAUGACUACGUGGAGAUCGGAGAGACUCUGCCCAGCAGUGACAGAUACUUCCAGAAGACCAUCUACCUCUUUGCGGGGGCUCAGGAGCUAAUGACGAACCAGUACAAAUGUGUGCUGAAAUACAAGACUUUGACAGGAGAGACCCUCACAACGGUCAGCAAGGAACUGGAACUCCACUACAGAGCCCAGUCUCACUCUCAUGCUCGUCAUUCUAAAUGGGGCUCCAAUGAUGAAGAUGAUUACGAUGAGGAUGAUUACGAUGAGGAAGACUACGAUGAUGAUGAUGAUGAUGAUGAUGAUGAUGAGGAGGAGGAUGACUGGCAGCAUCAAUUCUCUCACAGAAAGAGGUUCUCGUAGUGGACGGAGAGCAGCGUUCCUCAUCUCAUCUCUGACUGAUGAUGAGUGAACGAGGAAAAGGAUGGAAUUGUGUUUGGGAUACCUGUAACAUUAUGUCUGUACAAUCUCAAUGUCUGACUUCAGAAUAACUUCAGUUUAUUUAUAAAUAACUAAAUUUAUACAUUUUGGUACUGACAGGUCAAAAAGGCCAUUGACUGUAAAAUUCAAAACCAUAAUGCUGUGAAGCAUUUCGUUUGAAAUGAAGGGUAUUAAUAGGGAGUUUGUCUCACUUUGCAUUGUCUCACAUUCUUUUCUCUUGCGAUACUAUUUGCUAUAUCAUUAUACUGUGUAUGGGUGCAACUCAGUGUCAGUAAUGGGUGCAGCUAACUGAAUUUAAUAAUUUAAAGGGCAGUCUGGAUACUUUUGGACAUUUUGAAAUACAACCUAAAAAUGUUUAUAAAUAACUAGUUUUUUGUAUCUAAGGUUUUAAAAGUGGACAUUGUCUUAUUCUGUGUAAUAUCUUGUCUAAUUAUGAAUGUUUGUGUCUGUUUGUUCAUCACCUCAUGUUUUAUACUGCACUACAUACAUAACAUCAGGCAUAACAUUCUGACCACCUCCUUGUUUCUACGCUCAUUGUCCAUUUUAUCA